AUGUUCUUUCACAGCAGAACGCGCGCAUUGGUCGACUUGCCAGCAGCCAGCAGCUCCGGCUGUCAGGUUGAACAGGUGAAGCCAGCCGCCGCACCAACAGCAACAACCCUGCACCCAAAACCGAAUCGGAGAGAGCGUUGUAAGCUAAUUCUCCAAGUCCUCAUCUGGCUCUCUCUUUGGUUCGGCUGCCUCAGUGCCCUGAUCCUCUUCCUACUGGGCCUCUUUUCACCCUGUCGUGAAUGUCUCACAGUGGGUGUUAUACUCGGAAUCGUCUGUGUCGGGGUCUUCCUGCACAACUGCCUGCGUCGCGGCUCCAUUCCUAACCCUUUGCCGCGCUACUAUUCCAGCAAAUUCUCCCUGGCCGAUGAUCACGCUGCUGUAUUCUACCUGCCCAAGACAACCGAUGCGGGACUUAAGAGGAGC